GUUUGCUCCUCUCUCCUGUUCCCGGACUUCAGUUUGGGUGGCAGGUCCAGGUCCUCGACCCCAGCCGUAGAUCAGCAGCCUUCACACCAGCUUCAGCCCCCCCAGGCCCGAGUCAUCGAAAAACGCAGCGAUGGACCAGCACAAGUACCGCACGGCGGGCGUCCAGGAGAAGCUGGAGAUCGUGGGGGUGGAGGACGAGGCGGGGAACCCCAUCAGCGCCCUGACCAUCCUGUCCCUGCUGGAGCGCGUGGCCGGCAUCAUCGACAACGUGCAGUCGGGCCAGCAGCGCAUGGAGGAGCGGCAGCUGGAGCUGGAGACCAGCAUCAAGGGCAUCCAGGGGGACGUGCUGAAGCUGGCCAAGGACCACGGCGACACCAGCGGCACGGUGGAGAAGCUGCUGCAGAAGACCCGCAAGGUCAGCGCCAACGUCAAGGAGGUCCGCUCCCGGGUGGAGAAGCAGAACGUCCGGGUCAAGAAGGUGGAGACCACGCAGGACGAGCUGCUCACACGCAACAAGUUCCGGGUCGUCAUCUACCAGGGCGAGACGGAGCUCCCAUCAGUGGCCGUAACCAAGUCUCCCCAAGGGCUCGGGCUGGAGGGUUUGGACAUCGAGCCGGAUGCCUACGACCUCCCCGCCGACCUGUCGUCUGACGAGGAAUACCUGAGCCUGGACGAGGCCGACCCCUCGCGGGCCGCUCGCAUCAAGAAGUCGAUGGUGAAGAGCUCAGAGACCCUGAAGGCGGCGUUCUCCAAGGAAAACAUGAGCAAAACAAAAGGCAACCUGGGAACCAAGUUCCACCACCUGGGGGAGAAGGUGAUGCCGGCGGAGCGCCGCGAGAAGAUGCACCAGGCCGGCGAGCGGCUGAAGCAGUCCGGCGAGCGGCUCAAGGAGAACAUCGCCAAGAAGGCUCCGACCAAAGAGGCCUUCCGCAUCAAGCUGAAGAAGGAGAGGGCCGUCGGCGAGGGCCAGGAGGGCGCCGAGGCCGAGGGGGAGCCGGGCACCAAGGCCAAGGAGGAGAAGCCGGCAGGGGGCGUCGCCUACACUGAGGUUGCCUUAGAAACCAAGAGGGAGGGGCCAAUAGAUGAGGCCGGUGCUACACGGAUAACAGAGGAAGAUUACAGGAAGUAGGAGGGCGGGACAUGGUCGAGAGAAGAUCAGGACGUGAUGACGGACGUAACGAAAUUGAAGGAAGUGGGUUCCGAACAAUAAAAGAAAAAUAUGAGAUUCUUUGUAAAAUCUGCUCAUUAAAGCCAUCUAAUGUU